AUGUCUUCGUCUGAGAGUGGACUAUCUGAUACUGUCGACCCUAUGGCUAUCAUUUCGGACGAUGAGAUUGUCCCAGAGCCAGAGAUUUUUACCUCCGACACUGAGAGUGACCCGGAGAUGAUGUCAGAUGACGAUGACGAUGAAGAUGACGAUUUCCAGCCUUUUGCACUACCCGACUUUGGCGACGAUGUACUGCAUGUUGAUGGUUUACCCGACGAGGAUCCCUUUCUUGUUCCUAUUCUUGACCAAGAUCAUCUCAUCCUCGGACAUCCCGAUGGUGAGCUUGUCGUGGUUCCGAUCCUCGCCCCUUUGCCUCUUGCGGCCUUUCCUCUUGAGGAUUUGCCUUUUGAUGACUUGUCUGAUGAUGAUGUCGAUCUUUUCAUUGAUGAUUCUUUCGAGUCUGUAUCAUCCUCCACUUUACAUGCAUUGGGAUUGCAGCGUUACCCCACUGAUUCUGAUACUGACACGGCCCUGUCUAUCGCACCUACUCCUCCACAUGACUUUGAUCUUGACCUUGAGCUAGACAUUGCCCCUGACGAUCAGCCUGUUGAUGCACCCUCUGAUCCCGAGCCGAUACCUGCUGAUCCUGAACCGAUGCCAGCACCCGAGCCUUUACCUGAUCAUGAUCCUGUACCUUUAUGCAUACCUGACAUUGCACCGCUUAUACCAGAUCUGAUUCCUGCACCUGCUGACCCUGCUGCCUUUGCCAGUCAGGUGGAUCCCCGAUACGCUUUCACCAGCAAUGGAUGGAUAGCUGAUGAUGAUGAUGACAUUCCCGCACCCCGUCCAGGGGAAGGCCCGUCUAGCCAGCAGCCUAGCCAUGUCCCACACGUGUCAGCAGCUUUUCCUCACAUGUCUCAGUAUGCACCUACUACUCAUUUUACUUCUGCACCGUCAGGCGAGUCACUCAUAUGGUUUCCGCCGAACACCAUGCCAGUUUCUGAUCCCUACCAUCCCUCACACUUUAUUGGUUACAUGAGGGAUGAGUUACUCUUGUCAUUGCAGCUUCAGCAGGAGAUCCUGUGUCGUAGAGUCAUGGAGCUUGAGAGGACUCCACGUCCUCCACCUUGUUCAUGUCCGUCACCUUUUGCGACUCCACCUGCUCCUCUUUUGCCUUAUCCAGAUUUUGAUGUUCGAUUUCUCACUAUGGAGCAGCAGAUCACUUAUCUGUUGCGUCACAUUUAUGAUCUUGAGGAGGAGCUAGCGCAUGUGCGCAACUUGCUUUUCGUUCCUCCACCUCCUCCUCCACUACCAUCAGCAUAG